AUGGCCCUACUGCCUCAAAGCGCUGGAUAUGCGACCAUCUUGGUCGGCGGCGUCUUUUUCGCUACCCUGAUGAACGUAUUCACAUGGGUCCAGAGACGGUACACAAACUUUGAUCCUGGCAAGAUUGAGGAGUUCUCCUCAGCUUCCAGAUCCGUCAAGACCGGCAUGUUGUCGGUAGGCAUCACGUCUGCGUGGGUGUGGGCAGCAGUCUUCCUGCAGACAGGAACACUCACCUACAGCUACGGUGUUUCUAUACCCUGGUGGUUCGGCAUCGGAGGAUUCGUGGAAAUCGCAGCUUUCUCAUUCAUCUCCUCGAAAAUAAAAGCGAAUGCUAGCGGAGCCUCAACUUAUCUUCAGGUUGCCAAGGUGCGCUUCGGUGUUUUGGGCCACUGGGCGUAUAUGUUCGCCGCUCUUGUCGCCAACUUCGUCGUAGGGUGUGAGAUUCUUAUCGGCGGUGCUGGUGUUCUCACGGGAAUGACGGGUCUGAGCGAAUAUGCUGCCAUUUGGCUCUUACCGCUUGUCAUUGUUGCCUACGUGCUGACUGGUGGUCUUCGUGCAACUUUCAUAGCCGAUUACCUCCAUUGUUGUAUCCUGUUUACAUGCCUUGUCGUCCUGAUUCUGGCAACUUACACCCGAGGCGAUGCUAUUGGCUCGCCUGGAAAGCUGUAUGACCUUUUACUCGCUGCUUCCGAGGCGGUUCCUGUCUCAGGUAACGGACAUGAGUCUUAUCUCUCUUUUCGAAGUCAGGGUGGCAUGUAUUAUGCGCUGACAGCCACUACUUCGUUUUUCGGCCUGUCAUUCUGCGAUCAGUCAUACUGGCAGCGAAGCAUUGCAGCUCGACCUGCCGGCACUAGCAAAGCCUUUAUCUUCGCUGGUUGCUUCUUUCUGUCGGUUGGAUUGGGUAUUGGAUCCUCGAUGGGUUUGGCCGCAAGGGCUCUGGUGUCUAAUCCCGCCUUCCCAGGCUAUCCCAAUGGGCUUUCUCUAGCAGAAAUUGAUGCAGGGCUCGCUGGGCCGUACGCGAGUAUAGUGGUCCUAGGCAAAGCCGGGCCAGCAAUGUACACUAUUAUUGCAUUCAUGGCAACUACUUCGGCGUUGUCUGCGCAGCUAGUGGCUGUCGCGACCAUUUUCUCCUAUGAUAUUUAUCGGGAAUACGUGAAUCCGACCGCAACAAAUUCCCAAUUGAUGAGAAUCAACCAUGCGACGGUCAUCGGUUGGGCCAUCUUCCUCGCUUGCAUCAACACUGCAUUCGCCUACAUUGGUCUCAAUCUCAACUUCCUCUUCUACCUCAUGGCUGUCUGUACCUCUGGUAGCGUAUUCCCAAUUGGCCUUCUAAUGUGCUGGACUCGACUCAAUAAGGCCGGCGCAGUAUUGGGCGUAAUCGGGGGUUUGGUCAUAGGCAUGGUGGCGUGGCUAGUGACAGCUGUUACCACUCAAGGCACGAUAUCUACCACCACACUGACCGAUAGCAAGGUAAUUCUUGCGGGCUCUUUGUCAGCCCUAGGAAUUGGCGCUAUCAUAUCCGUAGGCUUAUCGCUCAUCAAGCCUGCCUCCUUCGACUUUGAGCUUACGCGAGCCAUCGGUCGAGGCUCUACAGUGCCCCUCGAUGCAGCGUCCACAUCGGCGGACAAAAAGCUGCAUAUCAACCAAAGUUCUAUUGAUGGGUCUAGGAAAGGCCAAGGCACGUACGAGCCUGCUCUGAAUUUGGUGAAUGGCGGAGGUUCAACUCCUGACUCUGAGGCUCUUUAUGCCGAGGAGGUAGCCAAACUCGAGAAGUCACAAACCAAAUUCCGCAUCAUUACUGGCACCUUACUUCUCAUUAUCCUUGUCCUCAUCCCCGCUCCUCUUGCUGGGACCGCUGUGGUGUACCCAAGGGGCCUCUUCAUUCUGCAAUGUGUGGCAGCAGCGACGUUUGCGUUGUUUAGUCUAGUCUUGAUUGUAUUUUGGCCCUUAUUUGAGUCACGAAAGGAACUCUCUACGAUAUUCGAUCGGAUUGCUCACAAGAAGCGUCUUGAUAAGAGCAUUGCUCAAUAUUCGGAUUCGGUUCCAUGA